AUGGGCCCUAAGCCCCAUCAAACCCUAGCCGCCAUGGUCACCACCUACGGUCCGAUCCUCCACCUCCGUCUAGGGUUUGUAGACGUUGUGGUCGCGUCCUCUAAAUCCGUUGCCGAGCAGUUCUUGAAAAUUCACGACGCCAAUUUCGCAAGCCGACCACCAAACUCAGGAGCCAAACACAUCGCAUAUAACUACCAAGAUCUUGUCUUUGCUCCUUAUGGACAAAGAUGGCGAAUGUUGCGUAAGAUUAGUUCUGUUCAUCUGUUUUCAGCUAAAGCUCUUGAAGAUUUCAAACAUGUUCGACAGGAAGAGGUUGGAACACUCACGCGCGAGCUAGCGCGUGUAGGCACGAAACCAGUGAACUUAGGGCAAUUAGUGAACAUGUGUGUAGUCAACGCGCUUGGGAGAGAGAUGAUCGGGCGGCGACUUUUCGGCGCCGGAGCAGAUCACAAAGCGGAGGAGUUUCGAUCUAUGGUGACUAAAAUGAUGGCUCUCGCCGGAGUUUUUAACAUCGGAGAUUUCGUGCCGGCUCUUGAUUGGUUAGAUUUACAAGGCGUAGCUGGUAAAAUGAAACGACUUCACAAAAGAUUCGACGAUUUUCUAUCGUCGAUUUUGAAAGAGCACGAGAGUAUCAACGGUCAGGAUCAAAAGCAUACAGAUAUGCUUAGCACUUUAAUCUCACUUAAAGGAACUGAUUUUGACGGUGACGGAGGAAGACUCACGGACACUGAGAUUAAAGCAUUGCUUCUGAACAUGUUUACGGCUGGAACUGACACGUCGGCAAGCACGGUGGAUUGGGCCAUAGCUGAACUAAUCCGUCACCCGGAUAUAAUGACCCGAGCCCAAGAAGAGCUUGAUUCCGUAGUGGGCCGUAAUAGGCCCAUCAACGAGUCAGACCUUUCUCAGCUCCCCUACCUCCAGGCGGUUAUCAAAGAGAAUUUCAGGUUACAUCCACCAACACCACUCUCAUUACCACACAUGGCAUCAGAGAGCUGUGAGAUCAACGGCUAUAAAAUCCCUAAAGGAUCAACACUUUUAACCAACAUUUGGGCCAUAGCACGUGACCCGGAUCAAUGGUCCGACCCGUUAACAUUCCGACCGGAGAGAUUCUUACCCGGAGGGGAAAAAUCCGGCGUCGAUGUGAAAGGAAACGAUUUCGAGCUUAUACCGUUCGGAGCCGGAAGGAGAAUCUGCGCCGGUUUGAGUUUAGGGUUAAGGACGAUUCAGUUGUUGACUGCGACGUUGGUUCACGGAUUUGAUUGGGAAUUAGCCGGAGGAGUUACGCCGGAGAAAUUGAAUAUGGAGGAGACUUAUGGGAUUACUUUGCAAAGAGCGGUUCCUUUGGUGGUUCAUCCUAAGCCAAGGUUGGCUCCGAGUGUUUACGGAAUCGGGUCGGGCUAA